AUGACGAACACCACCGCAUCCAGCAGCACCAGCCCGCACCUCCGCUCAUCUCGCCGCCGCGUCAAACCACCACCCACCUCGCUCCCCGACCACUUCGCGCGCAAAGGCUACCUCUCGGUCUCGGACCUCGUCGCCCCGUCAUGGUGCGAGUACAACUAUCAAUACGGCAUCCUCUCCCUCUCCCACCUCCCACCCUCCCAGCGUCCAGCCACGAUCACCACCGAAGCCGGCCAGACCCUCGCUGCAGCACCCCAGCUCGUCGCGCAGAAGGAAAGCACGCUCCAAGCUGGCAAAGCGGUGCACACGGUGUUGGAGCGGCAGGUUGCUCCGGUGCAGGUGGUGGUAGAGACAGAGACGAACGAGGAUGCGUGGGCGUUGAGGCUGUUGAAUCUGUGGUGCGAUGUUCAGGGGCUGAUUCAGAUGCGGCCUGGGAAGGGGAAAGGGAAGGGGAAGGAGAGGGAGAGGGACAACGCCUGUGUGAGGGAGGUUCCUGUGUACGGGUGGAUACACGGGGUGCUGGUCAUGGGAGUGAUUGACGAGAUUGAGAAGCGUACGGUCGACACCGAUACCACAGAAAAGGAGAAGGGCAAGACUUGGGCUAGUCAGGAAGAGUGGAAGAAGCAUCAGCUGCGCAAGACAACCACCAGUCCCAAGAAACCCAAGACGAGUGGCGACACUUCUCGCCCACUAACCGCUUUCUUUGGCUCCUCGCAACCUCGAAGCACCCCUCCAACCGAACCAACUCCUCCAGAAAGCGACCCCGGAUGGGCCUACUUCCUAUCGGACACCAAAACGCGAAUCUCAUCCUGGCUCCCAGCGCCAGAAGACCAAUACAGCGCCCGCAUGCAAUGCAUGACGUACAAACGCCUCCUAGACGGUCUGCUCCUUGGCUCGCUCUCCGCGAAAACCCCGCCCUCUUCUUCGCCAACCCCGUUCCCAACUUCCUUCGACACAAACGCAACACCCAUGGACUGGACGCACACGUUCAACGCACUCGACCUAGACCCACACCAGCCACUCUCCGCCUCGUUCCUGCGCGACGCCCAACCACUGUGCGAGAGCUGGGGCACCGAUCUGGCGCUGUUUGUCGCGCAGCACGACGCGGAUGUGUGCACGCUCCACCAUGUGCGAUUAUUGUUGGAGGCCGGGUUGAGGGCGUUAGUUGAGGAUGCGGGGCGUGGUGGGCGUAGCGGGAUCAAGGCGGGGGUGGUGCAGGAUGCAUUGGGGUUGACGUAUCGACGGCAGGUGGAGCGGCGGCGCGGCAAGCGCAAGAAGCCGCCGCCAAGCCGCAUCUCGACGGCAGCAAAGCCAAACGAGGUGCGGCAAGCUACACUCGACAACAGCGGGAUCGCAGCGAGCGGUUUCGAGACCGAGCAUUGCGCAUUGGACGACGAGCAGCUGCCCAACCCGCCGCAGCCAACCGAGCGCAACGACGAAGGCCAGAAGCAAUCGCUCGACGCCCUCCAAGGCCGGAACGACACAGCACAAGCCAUCCAGCAAACCCUCGGCCCUCCCCCGCCCACCACGCCUCGACGCAACCCCACCUCGGCAUCCACCGUCGAGGCAGCCGCCAUCAUCGGAACCGUGACAUUCCUACACGACCCAAGCGCGCUCGACACGCACCUCCGCGAGACGAUUCGCAUGUGGAAGGGCCAGCGUGCACUCGUCGGGGUGGCGCCGGACCAGACGAGGCGCUGCUGGACAUGCGAGUGGAUGCAAGGCUGCGAGUGGCGCGCCGAGCAGGCGCGCCGACACGAGGCCAGGGCCACCCCCGCACUGCCCAAGGUCGAGCUUGACAAUGAGCUCGAGCACCAAGCUCGAGCGGUCUCGACGCAGCACACGCAGAAGGUCGAGGAGCAGGAGCAGGAGCAAGAGCAAGAGGGGGACGACUUCUGGUCGUCGCUCGACUACGACGCGAUCCAAGUGCGUGAUGCAGCAGGCAAUGUCGUCGCUUGGUAA